AUGGGUCAUUCCCCCUCCAAGCUCGACAACCCAGUGAUGCCCGAAGACUUCACCGAGAAAGACAUCCCUCAGGGGUUGACCAUCGCGUCAAAGAAGACAUCUUUAAAGGGUCCGACGCUCGAGCUUAGCGGAGCCGGAGCGGGCGUCAAGCCCACCUACUUCGUCAGACUGCCCAAGGGCUACUAUGGGAGCAUGGUACUACACGACGGGCCCAUCGCCGAAGACAUGGCUACUCUGGCCAACGUCCAGCCGCACGGCAGGUGGCGCCAAGACUUCCUCAUCACCCUGCCUGGCCUAGAUGGCGGCGAGCCGCACGCCGAGGUCUUGCGCUACAUUGGGUGUCUUGGCAAGAAGGAACGCUAUUGGUUCGCCAUGGAGGUGGGCCACGGUCUGCAGAAACGCAACGAGCGCUUCGAGUGGCGCCGCUCCCACGGAGAAGAAGUCAAGAGCCUCGGCGAACACAGUUGGGGCUGGAAGCUGGUGGCCCUAGGAAUCGAGGCCGCCGAGCAGGGCUCAUCAAAUGAAAAAAGCACGACGCAGAAGCAACAGAAGCAGGGCCGCGCGAACGCAGUGCCGGAGGAGGUGCAAAGCGAGAAAGUUGUCGCUGUAUUUGCAGAUGCCAAGAUCCGCAGGCUGAGCCUGACACACAUUGGCGAGUUUGAGUUCCGGAAUGCCGGGGCAUCAGGCGAGUUUGGCGUGCUCUGGAGCAUUAUGACUCUACUGAGCUGUUUGUGCAUCUGGCAGAAGGAGGUACAGACUGGAAUUACAGCAGCCUCUGUGUCGUGA